CUGCUCCGGAAGUAGAAGUCAGUCCCGCGAGUUUCCAUCAAAAGGGAAAAUCCUAAAUACAACACAACAAAUAAAUUACACAUACAUCAAAAUCAAAAAAAAGAGAGUUAAUUACAAAUUACAUGCAAAGAUUACUUGUAGUGCUAUUACUGGGAUAUGAAAGCAAAGUAAUUUAAAUUCACUUAGUGUUGUGUGUUAACAAUUAAAUAAAAUCGUGUGUGAGUGCGGUGGUCAUAAAAAUAAUUCGUGCCGCAACAGCAGGCGACAAUAAAUUUUUGCGCAACAAAAACCACCACAACAAUAACAAUAACAAUGGCCAAAUGCAAUUCGACGCGUCAAGUGAAUUAAGCGAUUUUUAAAGCUUUACGCUAAAUGAAAUCUGAAUUGCCAAAGUGUUCACUUGUGUGUGCAAAUUAAAUUACGCAAAUCAAAUAAAUGUUUUAACGAAACAAAAAUAAAAACCCCAAGGAAGAAAGAGAAAGAAUCAAAUAAAAAUGUUGUUAAAAAUAUACCAACUACUGUGUAAAUAAUUCGACAAGUAUAUCUAGCAACGAGCAUAGAUAAAAUUAAUUAUAGAAUAUAACGCAAAUAAAACAACGAAAACAAUAAAAUGUUUAUUUUAACGGUAAUAAAAUUGCUGUUGAUAGCGCUGAAUAUAUUUCCCAGUCGCUUCACAAAUCGACGGAUUAUGUUCCUCAUCUACAUGACAAAUCUGGUGACGCACGUCAUGAUGGAUGAGCCACGUUUUGCCCAGCCGAUACCAAACGUCACUGUUGCCGUGGGUCGAGAUGCCAAUCUGCCCUGUGUUGUGGAGCAUUUGGGUGGUUACAAGGUGGCCUGGAUUCACAUCGACAGGCAAAUGAUACUGACCAUCCACCGGCAUGUGAUAUCGAGGAUUCCGAGAUACAGCAUCACCUACACCGACAAUACGUGGUUGCUGCAUGUGAAUCAGGCUCAUCAGGACGAUCGCGGCUACUAUAUGUGCCAGGUCAACACGAAUCCGAUGAUUAGCCAAGUCGGCUAUCUACAGGUGGUCGUUCCCCCAAACAUUUUGGACAUUGAGAGUACGCCAUCGUCGGUGGCAGUGCGCGAAAAUCAAAAUAUCAACAUGACAUGUCGGGCCGAUGGCUUCCCGGCUCCAAAAAUCAUUUGGCGACGGGAGGAUGGCGAGGAAAUUGCCGUCGAAAAGAAGAAAAAAGUUCUCGUGUACGACGGCGAUGUUCUGCCGCUGAGCAAAGUGAGCCGGAAUGAAAUGGGCGCCUAUCUGUGCAUCGCCACCAAUGGAGUACCGCCCUCGGUGUCCAAGCGGAUCAUUCUCGAUGUAGAGUUUUCUCCGAUGAUUUGGGUGCCGAAUCAACUUGUUGGCGCUCCAUCCGGCACAGAUGUAACCAUCGAUUGCCACACGGAGGCGCAUCCCAAGGCCAUCAUCUAUUGGGUAUACAACUCGGUGAUGGUAUUGCCGAGUAAGAAAUAUAAGACCGACUACACGGAGAACUCCUAUCGUGCCCACAUGAAGCUGACGAUAAGAAACCUACAGUAUGGUGACUUUGGCAACUAUCGAUGCAUCUCGAAGAACUCGCUGGGGGAAACGGAAGGCUCCAUACGUGUUUACGAAAUACCUUUGCCAUCCACGCCAUCCAAGCAGGUGACCCACACCACCGUCGAGUCCAGGGAGAACAAUAUCAUACCCCCAUCACGCAACGACACAACGAAAUCCCUGCAAACGGAUGUGGGAUAUGCCAUGAAGAACGAUUUAUAUCCUGGCUCGGCCUCCUCAUCAUCCUCGGGCGGCAGUUCCUCGGCGGCCUCGUCCUCGUCCUCGACCUCGAUGCAGACCUCUGCCCUGCCAGGCGGGGUGGCGGGAAAUAGUCUAUCAUCGGUGGGUUCCAAGGGAUCCCUGGCGAUAGGAAAGAGCACGUUCUACACGGAACGACCACCGAAUGAGUAUGCCUCGUCAGUGGCUGGCCUGCUGCUCCAUAGAGCCCUGCUCUUUGGCUCUGGAAUCUAUUUGACUCUGCUUUGAAAUCAAUAAAUCACUUGAGUUACUCAAUAAGCAUUUCGAAAAUGCAGCCAAAGGGGGUAUAAAAAAACCACGGGGGAUAGUUUAGGUACAUCAUCAUAUUUCAUAGCUUAAAAUAUAUUACAAGUCCCAAUAAUAAACAUAAACAAAAAAUGCUUCAAACUUGGCUCACUUCAAAGCUAUAGGAAUUUGUAAAGUUAUAAAAAGAAAAGGUAUUUUGCAAAACAAUAAAAUGCUCAAUGUAUGUAUAGUAUAGUGCUUAUUAUAUGAUAAGCUUAAGAUAAACCAAUGUAUCACUCAUAAGAAGUGGUUUGACAAAUGAAUUGUACAAUAUAUGAAUUAUAUCUUAAAUUAAAUUUAGAACAGAUGGAUUUUGUUAAACAGAAUUAUAUUUUAAAUUAAAUUUAGAACAGAUGGAUUUGGUUUGCCCAAAGUCACAGCUUUUCUAGAGCAGAAAUGGUUUUAUUGUUUAUAAUUUAAAAUAAAAACCUUUACUUUCAACAUAUCUCAAAGAAGAAAACACUGGAACUUAACUUGCUCAUAUCAUUAUUAAAGUAUUACAAUUUUCCUAUGAAUUGAACAUAUCUGAAAAUUACAAUUUUGAGAAUACAUCAUUUUUAAUAAUUAUUUUUGAUUAAAUAUUAAACGAUUCUUAAUGUUCCGACCUUAAGCAAUCGGAUUUCAUUGUUCGUUUUCGUGACAAACUUUUUAAGCCCUUUUCUGAAAUGCAUUGAAAAUUUCCAAUUAAUUUAAUGAAAGCAAGGUUCGCCCAUCUACGGCUCUGAAUUUUGUAGCCAUGUGGCAUUAAAACGCCUUGAAAGUGUCGUUUACUUUACCAGUUUCCCUGUUGCCAGGUGCUGUGGUGAAAAAUUUGCAAUAAUAAUAUGCCAUACCUUGAUUCCGUUUCCUGGCCCACGGAAACCGCCUCGUCAUCCUCAUCGUCACCAUGGCCAUCGUCAUCGGCUUUUGUGCACUUCCAUCACUUUUUAAUAAAUGUGCAUGCUAAUUAUAUUAUUACUCAUACGACCCGUUGCCAUGUGUCCUGUCUGUCUGUCUGUUUUUACUGGGGCCUGCCUCGCCGUGCGAAAUACUUGCAAUUAAUUUCAGCAUAAAAUUGCGCGGCCUGCGGUCCCUCGACCCCACACAAUGACACACAGUUAACAUGUCCAAUUUAUUGGCCAUAACUCAUGCCCGGCAGCUCAGCCAGGGAGUGAGUGAGAAGGAUCCUGGAUACAGGAUACAGGAUACAGGAUACAGGAGCCAGGAUCCACGAUUCGUGGCCAAUCCAGAGACAGACAACCGAGCGCCAUCGACGAGGCAAAGAAAAAUGACAUUAAGGCCAGAAGAUAUAUGGCCCAUUUGCAUAUAGGUUCAUGUAUAUGUAUAAACAUGCUCGGGGUUUUGCAGCAGGCAAAAGGCCUGCCAAUUUACUGAAUUUAUACUUCGACCUCGCCGUUGCACGAUUUUAAUAAUUCAACUUGCGUUGCAUAAAGUUUGCAUUGACAUAAACAUAAUGAACGAUGGAAAACCGCAUGCGAAAUUGCCUUUCUCCUGUUGCCCUUUUCGUUUAUUAACAUUGUUAAUGCCCAAAAGGAGAAAAGCACAUUCGGCAAGCGUUGAAAAUAUUGAUAAUCAACAUUGUGCCCUGUCCUCGAUGUGUCGACGUUCCGACAAUAACAAAAUUAAUGCAUUUUAUUUAAUUUUCCCCCCUCGCACAGGGGUUCAGAGGAAAAAUAAGGUCGCCAGUGCAGUUAACUCGAACAAUGAAGCUAAUUAAGCAUUAUAUAUGCAGUUGAAAAGGCGACAGGCCAAGGAUAUAUCACAAUCUUUGGGGAGUCAUAUAUCUAUCAGUAUUUAUGCAUUUAUUAUUUAUUUAAAGUGCCACGAAUAAUGAACUAAAUUUCAAUCCAGUUUGUGUGGGGCUCGGGCUUCAAUAAAAUGCUCGUCAAAUGUUUGCCAAAUUCAACCGCACAUUUUGUUUUUAAUUAGUAAAUUGCGCUAAUUAAAAUUGCAGUUAUGUUUGUAAAUAAUACCUUUUAACUGAGGUCAUACCAUUUUUGAUGUAAAUAAAUGUUGACCCUUUUAGUUGCGUGUAAAUAUGAGAAAUAAUAAUUAAUGCAUCAAAUACUCACUUCAUACAAAAACAAUUGAAUCAGCCAGAAAGUAAUUCCAAAUACACUAGUAAAAAAUUUCUGGCAAAUUAUUAACUAUACUAAAACAGAAUUAUGUAAAGUCUAGGAAAUACAUAAUGAAUUCAUACUUGGCAAGAAAUACCAUAAAUAAAAAUCAUAUUCAAACUAUAUAGCCUAUACAAAGUAAUUACUGUUUGUUGCCUGUAUUUUAAAAAUUAGCUGAACAUCAAAUGAGUAAUAUGUAAAAUGUUUAACGCUUUUUGUGCGAAUAAAGAGAUAAGAACGGAUGUGUUUUCCUAUAAAGUUGACAUUUUGUAAUAUAAAUAAAAGUAAAUAUUAUAAAUAAAUUGAUUAUGUAACUAAAAAUGUUUCGUUUUGUUAGUG